GGGCUCGUCGGCAGAACAGACGCUCCAGGCCCCAGGAGCCAUGGCCUGUGCUUUGCUGCUCAGGCUUUCCCUGCUUCUGGCCCUGACUGCCCCCUCCCCCGGCAAACACCUUGGCCCCAAGUCCCGCUUGCGUUAUUCCAGGUUCCUGGGUCCGUCCAAUGUCAUUCUCCUGCGCUGGGACUUUGACCUUGAGGCCGAGAUCAUCACUUUUGAGCUCCAGGUCCAGACAGCUGGCUGGGUGGGCUUAGGCGUCAUGAAUCGCUACACCUUCGUGGGCAGUGACCUUGUGGUUGGAGGAGUCUUGCCUGAUGGCAACGUCUAUUUCUCGGAUCAGCACCUGGUGGAUGAAGACACCCUGGAGGAAGACGGGAGCCAGGAUGCUGAGCUGCAGGGACUAACAGAAGAUGGAAUCUAUACCACCAUGCGCUUCUCCAGGCCCUUCCGCUCCUGUGACCCUCAUGACCAAGACAUUAUGGGUGACACCGUAAGGGUACUGGCUGCCUAUGGUCUGAACGACACUGUGGAACUGGAUCGGGAGCGCACUUUUGUCAAGUCCAUCUUCCUGCUACAAAUAGUCCACCCUGAUGACCUGGAAGUCCCCGAGGACACCAUCAUUCACGACUUGGAGAUCACUGAUUUCCUCAUUCCAGAAGAUGACACCACAUAUGCCUGCACCUUUCUUCCUCUCCCAAUUGUCAGCAAGAAGCAUCACAUCUACAAGUUUGAGCCCAAGCUGGCACCCCACAAUGAGACAAUGGUGCAUCACAUCCUGCUGUAUGCCUGUGGCAAUGCCAGUGUGCUCCCCACCGGCAUCAGCGACUGCUACGGGGCAGAUCCUGCCUUCUCCCUCUGCUCACAAGUCAUCGCCGGCUGGGCUGUUGGAGGCACCAGUUACCAGUUUCCAGAUGAUGUGGGCAUCUCUAUUGGGACCCCCUUGGACCCUCAGUGGAUCCGGCUGGAGAUUCACUACAGCAAUUUUCACAACCUUCCUGGUUUGUACGACUCCUCGGGGAUCCGCGUGUACUACACUUCUCAGUUGCGCAAAUACGACAUGGGGGUCCUCCAGCUGGGCUUCUUCACCUUCCCCAUCCACUUCAUACCCCCAGGAGCCGAGUCAUUCAUGUCCUAUGGGCUGUGCAAAACAGAGAAGUUUGAAGAGAUGAAUGGGGCCCCGGUGCCUGACAUACAGGUGUAUGGCUACCUGCUCCACACCCACUUGGCUGGGCGGGCUCUGCAGGCUGUGCAAUACAGAAAUGGAACACAACUCCGAACAAUCUGUAAAGAUGAUUCCUACGACUUCAAUCUGCAGGAGACCCGAGAUUUACCUGCUCGAGUGGAGAUCAAGCCGGGAGAUGAACUGCUGGUAGAAUGUCACUACCAGACCCUGGACCGUGACUCCAUGACUUUCGGAGGUCCCAGCACUGUCAAUGAGAUGUGCCUCAUCUUCCUCUUCUACUAUCCCCGGAAUAACAUCUCCAGCUGCCACGGGUACCCUGACAUCAUCUUUGUGGCCCAUGAGCUGGGGGAAGAGGUGUCAGAUCCCAUGGAGGGUAUGAUGGCCAUGAACAACGUUGAGUGGACCCCAGAGAAUAUUAAGAAGGCUGAGAAGGCCUGCAAGGAGGCCCAGCAGACAGUGUUAAUCAAGACCAUUGAUGAGGUUGUGGAAAACACAACAGGCUGGAUUCCAAACAUCACUCCCACUCCUCGGGGGCCCUGCUUGGAGUCCUCUGGAGGCAAAGUGGAGCCCCAGGACAAGAAGCCUGCGGGCUUCAGGGCAGCACCAAUGGCCUUGCCCAGCUCCAGUGCUACCACCCUGAGGUGCCUUCCCCUGACCGCCCUCUUGUUUGUGCAGGGUGCCCUCUCCCGGCUCCUUGGCACACUGCAGACCAGGGGCUGAUGCUCUUUCCUGCCGUCACUUAGCAGGGCCCCUCUUCUCAGCCCUCUCCUAUCAUCAAACCAGAAACUCCUCUUAGGUCCCCGUCUGUGUGCUCCUUCCCGUGACCCAGGCCAUGAACCUGCAGCCUGAGCAUUGCAAUGUUCCCUAAAGGCUUGCCGGUGACACAGGAUGAAGUCAUCCACAAAAGCACUUGUGGAACACACGUGUUCUGACAGUCCAGCCCAGGGCUGAGCGUGCGGCAGUGAGUCCAGUCUUUAGGAAGUCCAGUGCCCAGUUCCCUUAGGACGAUGCCGUAAGGGAUGGGCUUGAGCAGAGGGAAAGCACGCCAAACCCUCCUUAGUCUGCACCUGCCCUUGGGGAAGCUUUCUUUGUCUCUGCUUCUGACAUGCAUGCCCAGCCCUCCUUGUGGGCCCCACGUGUGCAGUGCAGGGGGAAGGGUGAUGGUCAAGGGAGGGACUUCCUGUGUAGGAACAAUACUCAAGACAUCACAUUAAAUAGAACUCUAUUUGCUUCCUGUUGCCAUCUCUUUCCUUGCAGCCUUUGGUCCAGGGGAGGCGACUGGGUACUUUCUUGAUUUGUCAGUCUAAGGACCUAGUCAUCCCAAAUUCAACAUUUAAUACACAGCCCUGCUCUCCUCCCCUGUGUCUCUACUGUGAGAAGACCUGCUUACCCCCUCGAAUGUCACGGCUCGAACUCAGGCCACCAGGUGUGAAGAGCCUAUCAUGCAUAGCGGCCUGGACUGACCUCGGAGAGCAGGAGAAUGGCCAUGAGAGAGGUGGUCCUCUGGAGCCCAGGCUUGUCCAGAAAGUUCCCAGAGCAGCAACCAAGUACAGCGAUUUGUGGGAGCUGAAAUUCUGCACCACGGUUUCCAGGAAGGGUUAAGGGCAGUGGCUUCUCGGAGAGCUUCUGGGGGCGUUUCUGUAUUUAUUAUGCACCUUGAGAAGCUCAGCACCAUCUUCUCCUUCAGGAUUUAAAGUCACCAAGCGGCCGGUGCCGCAGCUCACUAGGCUAAUCCUCCACCUAGCGGCGCCGGCACACCGGGUUCUAGUCUCGGUCAGGGCGCCGGGUUCUGUCCCGGUUGUCCCUCUUCCAGGCCAGCUCUCUGCUGUGGCCAGGGAGUGCAGUGGAGGAUGGCCGGAGUACUUGGGCCCUGCACCCCAUGGGAGACCAGGAGGAGCACCUGGCUCCUGCCUUCAGAUCAGCACGGUGCGCCAGUCGUGGCGGCCAUUGGAGGGUGAACCAACGGCAAAAGGAAGACCUUUCUCUCUGUCUCUCUCUCUCUCACUGUCCACUCUGCCUGUCAA